AGUGAAGGUUGAGCUGAAGUAUAAAAUAGGCAGAAAAACGUCUGUGCCUCUUCAGAAACGUUGGUGACGCUUCACAGACAUGCUGAGGUUUUUGGUCUUGACAACUUUGGCAGCCCUGGUGCUGGCUGAGCUGGAGCCCCAGCCCAGGUACCUCGAGGACGUUUCGGAGAGGGUGGUGGGAGGCGAGGUGGCUCGGCCCAACUCCUGGCCCUGGCAGAUCUCUCUUCAGUACCAAUCUGGCUCCAGAUUCUACCACACAUGUGGGGGAACCCUGAUUCAGAGAGGCUGGGUCAUGACUGCUGCUCACUGUGUGGACAGCCGUAGGACGUGGCGUGUGGUUCUGGGCGAGCACGACCUGAACAGCAACAGCGGCAGAGAGCAGGUCAUGAGUGUCAGCCGCGUUUACAUCCACCCAAGAUGGAAUUCCAACAAUGUGGGCGCUGGCUAUGAUAUCGCCCUGCUGCGUCUGUCUGGAGAGGCCUCUCUCAACUCUUACGUGCAGCUGGGCUCUCUGCUCCCCUCUGGAAAGAUCCUGCCCCACAACAACCGCUGCUACAUCACCGGAUGGGGACGCACCUCCACUGGCGGCAACCUGUCCCCACAACUGAAACAGGCCUAUCUUCCCGUGGUGGGCCACAGUACCUGCACCAGCUCUAGCUGGUGGGGCGGCGGCAUCAAGACCACCAUGGUGUGCGCUGGUGGUGGCUCAGAGUCUGGAUGCAAUGGUGAUUCCGGCGGCCCUCUCAACUGCCUGGUGAACGGAAAAUACUAUGUGCACGGUAUUGCCAGCUUCGUCUCCGGCUUGGGCUGCAACGCUCCCAGGAAGCCCACCGUCUUCACCCGUGUUUCCGCCUACAACGAAUGGAUGGAGUCGAUCAUGAUGUAAACAAACAUGGCAGUCCAAGAAGCAGAACAUCAACUCUUGUUUGUUUCGUCUAUCGUUGGUCCUCCAUAGUAGUCACUCAAAAUAAAGCUCAGAUACA